UAACUUAUUGGGUUCAUUUGUAACAAUGUGAACAUGUGACAACUAAUUUGUUAUUAACUUAAUUUCCAUUACUCCCCAACAUAGACCUUGGUACAUGGCCAAUGAGGGGUGGGAGCAACUGCUACUAGGGGCGGAGCAAUGGCGGCCGGAGGUGAAAGAAGGGGCGGAACCCAUGGUGAUGUCCGAUCAAGCGGAAGUUGUCGAAGAAGAAGUAGUGAAACUAGAAUUCGAAAAGGUGAAGCCAAAGCUUGCAACACAUUCUAUGCAUUGUCCCAACUGCAGGUCCGAAAUUACAAAAGUUAUUCUUCGUCGAAAAGUGUAUCGACCCAAUGAGCAAGAUCCAGUUGUUGUUCGGGUCCCACCAGAACCCGAACAAAAGGAUCUUGUCAGAUGUUUUUCAUGCUCAGAAAUCGGAUGUUUUAACCCGUUCGACAUUUUCCAAAAAAGCCCAGAAACGGUUAAUGUUGGUAGCGCGAUCAUUAUAGUGGAUGAACCAGAAACGAUUGUUACACGAUCUAGAGGAAGAAUGUGGCUUGGUUAUGAGGGCAUUCUUGCGGAGAUCUUAAAGAGUAUCGUUUAUGGAGGUUUGAUGGAGGUGAUUGCAAGCUUAAGCGUUGUAGUAUCCGCCGCUGCUUCUAAUGUCACUACACUGAGCAUUGUAUCUUUGGCACUCGCAAGUUUAAUCGGUGGAGUCUUCAUCGUCGGUCACAAUCUUUGGGAUCUUAGAAACGACUGUUACAAGAAUACCUCUAGCCAAGAAACGAAGAAAGCAACUACUUAUAAGUACAAAGCGCUACUCGGACAAGUAAACCAUUUCCCACUACACGCGUUUUUCGCAAUACUAUCUUUCCUCGUGUUCGGGAUGGUCCCACCAAUCGCAUACAGGUACUCGUAUCACGAGACCAAAGAUAAGGAGUAUACACUCGCGGUGGUUGCACUCGCAUCUCUUCUAUGUGUCUUGUUAUUGGCAAUACUCAAGGCUUACAUCAACAAGUGUACGGUUUUUAAGUACUUUAAGACGACGGUAUACUACAUUAUCAUUGCAGUCUUAGUGUCGGGUGUGUCUUACGUCGUCGGGAAUCUUGUUGCGAGGUUGUUGGAGGAGCCCGGAUGGUUUGCCACAAGUUCAAGUGGCGGUAUGCCCUGCGUUCCACGUGUCACCUCGUCAUAUCUAGAAUCUUUCUAAUGUUCCAAGUUAAAAGAACAAUAUUGUUUUGAGCUUGUUUUGUCCCUAAUUAUUAUUUGUAUCAUGUUCAACUAUUCAUUCGAGUGUCUUCGCUCGACAAGAAUGUCUUGUGUCUCACAAAAACCGAAUAAUACUUUGAUGA